AUGUCCGAGAUCACUCACCCCACUAUCAAGGAUGGCUGGUUCUCCGAGCAGUCGGAUAUGUGGCCCGGCCAGGCCAUGAACCUCAAGGUCAACCAGAUCCUGCACCACGAGAAGUCCAAGUACCAGGAUGUGCUUGUCUUCGAGAGCACCGACUACGGCACCGUUCUCGUUCUGGACAACGUCAUCCAGUGCACCGAGCGGGAUGAGUUCUCGUACCAGGAGAUGAUCACUCACCUGGCCAUGAACUCCCACCCGAACCCCAAGAAGGUUCUGGUCAUCGGUGGUGGAGAUGGUGGUGUCCUCCGUGAGGUCGUCAAGCACGAGUCCGUCGAGGAGGCCAUCCUGUGCGACAUUGACGAGGCUGUCAUCCGUGUCUCCAAGAAGUAUCUUCCCGGCAUGAGCAUCGGCUUCCAGCACCCCAACGUGAAGGUCCACAUUGGCGACGGGUUCCAGUUUCUCAAGGAGCGCAAGAACGAGUUCGAUGUCAUCAUCACUGACAGCUCUGACCCUGAGGGCCCUGCCGAGAGCCUCUUCCAGAAGCCUUACUUUGAGCUCCUGCGCGAUGCUCUCCGUGAUGGAGGUGUCAUCACCACACAAGGUUCCGAGAACCAAUGGCUGCAUCUGUCCCUCAUCACCGACCUCAAGAAGGCCUGCAAGGAGGUCUUCCCCGUCGCCGAAUACGCCUACACCACAAUUCCCACCUACCCCUCCGGCCAGAUCGGCUUCAUGGUCUGCUGCAAGGACGCCACCCGCAAUGUCCGUGAGCCCGUCCGCACUUGGUCCCGUGAGGAGGAGGAGCGUCUCUGCCGCUACUACAACCAGGACAUUCACCGGGCCAGCUUCGUUCUGCCCAACUUUGCACGCAAGGCUCUGGAUGUGUGA